AUGGGCGAAUUGGAGGAGAUUGCCGCUGAUAUCUGCUCGGACAUUGAUGCUGACGACCUGAAGUGUGAUAAUAUCGCGGAGAAAGAUGUCAGCGAUGAGGAAAUCGACCCUGAAGAGCUCGAGAAACGGAUGUGGAAGGAUCGUGUCAAGCUCAAGAGGAUCAAAGAGAAGCAGAGGAUAUCAGCACAGCAAGCCUUAGAGAAGCAGCAGAAGCAGCCCAAACAAUCCUCUGACCAAGCUCGAAGAAAGAAAAUGUCCCGAGCACAAGAUGGAAUCCUAAAGUACAUGUUGAAGCUUAUGGAAGUCUGCCAAGCACGGGGAUUUGUGUAUGGUAUAAUCCCCGACAAGGGAAAACCUGUGAGUGGAGCAUCGGACAACAUCCGAGCUUGGUGGAAAGAAAAGGUUAAGUUUGAUAAGAAUGGGCCUGCAGCAAUUGCCAAGCACGAGGCAGAGUGUCUGGCAAUGAUGAACGAGGUGGGUGACAACGCUCGACAUGGGAACUCCCAAGCUGUCCUCCAAGAUCUCCAAGAUGCGACGUUGGGGUCUCUUUUGUCGUCUCUAAUGCAACACUGUGAUCCACCUCAGAGGAAGUACCCACUGGAGAAGGGAGUUCCACCACCAUGGUGGCCCAGUGGGAAUGAGGAUUGGUGGGGGAAAUUAGGGCUACCCAGAGGGCAGAUUCCUCCUUAUAAAAAGCCACACGAUCUCAAGAAGAUGUGGAAAGUUGGGGUGCUUACGUCGGUCAUCAAGCACAUGUCGCCGGACAUUGCUAAGAUAAGGAGGCAUGUCCGCCAGUCGAAGUGCUUGCAGGAUAAGAUGACGGCUAAGGAGAGUGCCAUUUGGUUGGGAGUAUUGAGUCGGGAGGAAGCCCUGGUUCGGCAGCCCAGUAGUGAUAAUGGUUCUGGGAUAACUGAGGUGCCCCAGGGUGGUCGAACUGGGAAGAAGAAAGCUGUCGUGAGUAGCGAUAGUGAUUACGAUGUGGAAGGUGUUGACGAUGGUGUUGCUUCUGUGUCGUCUAGAGAUAGCAGGAGGAAUCAUCAGGGUACUGAUGUUGAGCCAGUGAGUAGUCCAAGGAUGGAGUCUUCCAAGCCAGUUAAGGAGAAGGAGCAAACAGAGAAACCAAGGAAGAGGAAAAGGGUGCGAGACAAACCGAAACAUGCUGAAGGGCCAUCGACGAAUGAUGAUCCUCAGCCUAUGGUGGUUGAGCAGAGAACAACUAGUUUGCUUGACACGAAUCAGACCGAUAUACGGCCUCUUGAUAAUCGUCAGAUGCUUGCAACUGACCAUGGAAGUCAUCAUCAGAUGCUUGCAACUGACCAUGACAGUCAUCAUCAAAUGCUUGCAACUGGCCAUGACAGUCAUCAUCAGAUGCUUGCAACUGACCAUGACAGUCAUCAUCAGAUGCUUGCAACUGACUAUGAAAUUGAUCCGAAUGUCCGUCUUGAGGUUGAACCUAACCUUCCUACAACGGAGUUUAGCAACUACUUGUCUGGAAUCCCAUCUGGCAUAGAUGGAAGGCCUCAACCUUAUGAUCCAUUGGCAGAAAGUUCAGACUUUUUUCAUCAUGGAAGCAGCUACGAUUUCUAUGCUCCGACAGUUGGCUUUGGUGAACAUGCUCCACUGUCGGUGGAUGCACCACAUAUUAGGCAGGAGCACAAUGGAUUCGAGGUACCAGGAGGACUGCCUGCGAAUGAAACUGAGGUUGCAGGAGGAGGAGACCUGCAAAAUUUUGCCAAGGACAUAUUUCCAAGCGGGCAAGACAGAUACUUGGGGUCUCCAUUCAACAAUGUGCCUUUAUUUGGAGACUUCAAUAGCCCAUUCGACUUGGAUAUUGAUGAGGAUCUGCUUGGGUGCUUUGGUGCAUAA